AUGCUCAUCCACGGAUGGACCUCUGGACCGCUACUCCUGGAAUUCGUGUCCUCCUUUGCUGAACCGCUUCAAAGAAAGGCCAUGACCCUAGAGGCACAGGGCCAGGGCUUGGAAGGGUGGAAGGAGGAACUUUGUGCAGAGACAGGUGCACAGCCCGGGCCUCUGGCAAUCUUGCUGCGGACCUGCCGCAUUUUGGGCUACGUCAGCAUGGACCCGCAGGGAACAUAUUCAGCUGUGAAGGGCCUUGAAUUAGAAGAAGUGCAGACGAUGCUCAGGCCUUCACAGGGCAUGGGCAUGGCGGGCGCCAUCGGCAGCAUUUACUCAGAGGCGAUUCCACCCUUUGCAGUGCCUUCCGCUGAAGCGGAGAAGUGCUUGGUCGUUUGGGCCGAGCAUCGGCCCACCUGGAUGCAUUCCAGGAGCAAGGUGCUGCCUAUUCUCUUGGACGGCAUUGUUUUAGCGCCCUUGCUGACGUCAAUCACCUACUUCGCACGUUGGGGUGAGGAGGGCUUGGACUACGGCAAGGACAAGGCCAUGGAAAAGUUCGACUUCAGCAAGGUGGACAGUGCUUCGCGCACGGCCCUAGGUGAAAUUUUCGAGGAGCUUGGCGUUGGCGCCAUGAGUCCCAAAGGCAUAGUUUCUGUUUCUGCCAGAGGAUCUUUGGCCUUACAGAGGUGUUACUCCUUCUACGUUCCAACCUCCUAUUCUCCCAUGCUUGCGGAAUUCAAGAAGAUUCUCUUCAAAGAGCCGGGCUGGGGCUUUGUUGACAUGGAGGACGAUGAGACCGAGAUCCAUGUGGAGCGGACGCUAAACGUGGUGGGCAGCGGGGCGCAACACUCCACACUUUUCAAAGAUUUGAUGCGUCACAUCGACGUCAUCUUCUCUGGCGAGGACUUUGCCAACCAGCCGCGGUACGUGGUGGACACGGGCUCGGGUGAUGGUCAUUUGUUGAUGCAAAUCUACCAACACAUCAAGGAGCACACGCCUCGGGGCCAACACUUCGAGGAGCAUCCAGUGGUGAUGGUGGGAGUAGACUUCAACGAAGAGUCUCGCGUUGCCACCGCAGUGAAUCUGACCAAGAGUAAAAUCACCCACAUGGUGCUCUUUGGAGACAUCGGCAAGCCGAAGCAGAUCAUGGCUGCGCUCAAAAAGAAAGGCGUCGACCUGAACAAAACGUUGCACGUGAGAUCCUUCUUAGACCACGAUCGACCAUACAUCGCUCCCACGCAGCAGCUUGGCAGCGUGGCGGCCGAGUUCGCCAGGUCAGCCAUGCGUGACUGCGUCCACUUGGACAAGCCCGGGCGACGCCUUUCGUCAGAAGAGUCGUUCAACUCCUUGGUGGAGCACUUUGGGCGUUGGGCAGAAGCCUUGGAGGGUUCCUUUGGCUUGUGCCUUCUGGAGGUGAUGCUACUGGAUGUCCCAACGACCGAACGAUUCAUCAACGAUUGCGUGUCUUUUCACUUCGACAUUGUCCAAUGCCUGUCACGACAGUACAUGACGUCUCCUGUGGCCUUUGCCAUGGGUGCAGCCAUGGCAGGGCUGAUGCCGGCCAACGUGAAGGCGGUUCAGACGUAUCCCGAACAGGGCAAGUACUGCCGUGUGAUCAACCAACAUUUGGUGAGGCGCAAGUACUCGGUGCGUUUUGCGGAGUUGUCGGACUUGGAGAGCCUGCUAGCCCUUGAGCAAUUGGCCUGGGCCGAAAAUUUGCGAGCCACUUCUGAAGUGUUGAAAACGCGCUUAGAGACCUCACCCACCACCAACUUGGUUUGCGUGAUGGAUGGCAAAGUUGUUGCAGUGCUGUACAUGCAGCGCAUCGCUGCCCUGAGCGAUGUAGAGAAUGAGACGUUUAUGGAAAUCUCCAAGAUGCAUCAGCCAGAGGGCCGUAUUCUACAGCUGAUUGCCAUCGCCACCCACCCAGAAGUGAGCAAGAUGGGCAUCGGCUACGAGUUGAGGUCCUUCGCGCUUCAUCUGGGUCGACUGGAUCCCAGUGUAGACUUCGUGGUGGGCGUCACUCGAUGCCAAGACUUUGCCUCCGCGAAACCCAAGCGAAGCAUGCAGCAGUACGUCGAUGACCAUAAAGCUGGCCGUAUCGCAGAUCCCAUUCUGGACUUCCACACCAGCUACGGCGCCGAAGUGCUGCGGCUGGUGCCCAGCUUCCGGCCGGAGGACGUGGACAACGAGGGCGUGGGUGUGCUCAUCAAAUACAACGUCAAGGCGCUCACCCGACAACUUGACGUGGAGGUUCCAAAGGCCAAGGUGGAGGUGCCCAGCAUCGAAGUGGUGGCGCAGAUUCUGGAGGAGUUGGAUUACAAGCUUGACCGAAAUGAUCUGCACAAGGGCUUCUUUGACUAUGGCCUGGAUUCGCUAGAGUUGAUCCGUGUGCGCAAUCGCUUGAGCAGCUCCUUCCGGCUGGACCUACCGGCGACGCUGCUGUUGGAUUUCCCAACUGUCAAGGACUUGGCUGAUCAGCUGGACCGAGACAGAGGAUUAGGUGAUCCGAUGGAGUCGCUGAGUGCGGAAUCCGAUAGCGAGGCAGAACAGGAGCUCAGUGGAUGGGAAGGAGUGACACCUUCGCAGUUGCUGGAACUUCAAGAGAAGUUCAAAAGCGUGUACAAACAGUCAGUCUACCAGAAACAGUUCUCGGAGUUGGCCCGAAAGUGCUAUCCUGUCCCUUGGCGAUAUAUCCUGGCCAUAGAAGAGAUUCUGGUGCAGGUUGAGGGGCCGGUUUUAUUGGAGUUUGGCCUUAUCGAUGCUUUAGACUGGCAGACGGUACAGAUUGGGCGCAGUCACAUGACCGCCACACAGAUCAAGUACUGGAAAGACUUCCCUGAGGUGAAGCAAACCAUGGACGAAAUCCUGCAUAUCACGAAACAAGAUCAGUACUGGCGCUGAGACCCACAGCUGCCACGCCAUGCCGCCAUGGGUUUCUUCUGUAUCCCGGGGCAGGGGCUGUUUUUGGCCAGCGGCCACUGAGCUGAGAAGUCCAAGGUAAGAGUACCUGGCGU